CCGCCAUGAUCGCCGCUGGGCGUAGAGUAAAGCUCGACCUCUUCGCGGAACCCUCUGGAGAUUCUGGUGGUUCCUCCGCCCAGGAUGAACUUGGAGGGGACAUAGAUCCGAGACAUCGUGCUGGGUCACCCAAUUCACCAUCAUCUUCAGGUGGGUUCCGUCAGUUAUCUUCAAAAGGACUGAUCUAUGUAGAGACGACUUGAUGUGCACCGCAUUAUUUUGGUGGAAAUUAUACUUUGUACAGAACAUAUUGUUUGCCCGAAAGAAUUUUUGUUUUCAGCAUGUAGGGUGGCUGUAGUCUCGGGAACGUUCAAUUGGUCAUCAGAUAAGUCCUGAAUUAUUGAAUGAAACUCCCGACCUGAUAUGCCCUUUAUUUUUCGCGGCAUCAAAGCGGUUUGGAGAUUUCGACAGGAAUUGUUUUCCUUCGCGGUAAACAGUCAGAGAAUCCUUUGUUGUUACUUGGGCAAUACAGUGAUGAUGAGUUGGAUGAGGAAUCAAGUAAAAGACUUGACGAUGUUACUGCAGAGAAGUCCACUGCUGAAGAUGAUGAUGAACAGGUAAAGGGAUCUGUAGGCACAGAAAAUGAAGAUAUGGAAAACAAUGCGAGCAUGGAGCUUGAUGCUGACAAGGAAAGACGACAUGACCUAGAAACAGGUUCUGUUUCACCAGAUCCUUUGCAGAAUAGAGAGGACAAUGACGUUAGAGAAAUUGAUUCUGCUGUCACAGCUGAUUUGUGCAAAGUUGUUUCAACGGAAGAAGCAUCUAUUACAGGAACUUCUGAUGUUCACUUAACCGGUGAUGUGAUUUCAAGUUGGAAGGUUGUGCUGCAUGAAGAGAGCAAUCAAUAUUACUACUGGAAUACUGUGACUGGGGAAACUUCAUGGGCAGGUCCUGAUCUGUUGGCUCAGGGAGCUGAAUUGACGGGUGAGCAGAAAACUGCUCCUGAUACUGAAGUAAGAAACGGUCCUCUUGGUGGGACACAUGAACCAAAUUCCACUUUAGACAUGGAAUUGGAUGGUUCUGUAACAGUGCAUCCUAAUAAUCACUGUAAAGCAGGCAAUGUAAUCCAUGAAACUCGAGAAAUUGAUGAGCCCGAGGCCCAGAUAGAGGAUCAGAAUGAUGGAUUUAAAGAUAAAGGUUUGGAAGAUAAAAGGCCAGGUUCUGAUGCUAACCAAACUGAGAUGAAAAAUAGCUCCAAUGCAGCCCUUGCACUGUAUUCACUUGGGGACAGUGUUUCUUCCCAGGACUUGGGUGAUACUCUCUUGUGCAAUGGGGAUGCCACAGAUGCUGAUCAAUCCAUGGUUCAUGAAGAAGAUGACACGGAGAAUGACCUUAGUUUUUCAGUUCUGAAGCAUAGUGAGCAAUUAUUGGAGAGAUUAAAAUCACUGAAAGGUUCCAAGAGCCACAUGCAAGGGCAUGAAUGGAUAUCAAAGUUUCUUUUGGAAGUUGAGAUUAGGCUUUCUGACAUCAAGUCACUUUUACCUUUUGGAUCAUCCUUGUUACCUUUCUGGGUGCACUGUGAGAGGCACCUUAAAGAGCUAGAAGGUGCCAUUGACAAUGAAGUUUCCCUACUUUUUAAAUCUGCCGAUUCUACCAAAAUACGCGAAGCUGAAGCACCACAUAAUUCAUGGGAAAGUGAGGGGAAUGAGAUUGAUGCAGAUGGAAAUGAAAAGAAAGUAGUUUCUUCUUCUUUUGAUCUCCCCUCUGCGGAUGUUUAUGUAACAGUGUCCCAGAAAGAUUCAAAAAAUGAAGUUGCCAAUAAUGAUGUUCUUCAAGCUGAACAUGUUUCUGUAAUUGAUUAUCCCACAGCUCAUUCAGGCAGUGGUGUUGGAGGGAGCAGUGGAGUUCAUGGAGUUGCACAGCCAACUGAAUUAACUUCCAAUAUUGUACUCCAUGGUGGGGAAGAUGUGGAUAUGGAUGUGGACAUGGAAGUUGAAGAUGCGACUCCAGAAAAUGCCACAAUUACCAUAGAUUCAUUGGCUGCCAAAUAUUGUGCUCCAGAAGAACAGACUAUUCAGCCAAAUCCACCUGCAGAACAUGAAUCUUUUGUGCUGCCAGAAGCUUUUGGUGUUCCACCCCCUCCAGAUGAUGAUUGGAUUCCCCCGCCACCUCCUGAUAAUGAAUCGUUUCCUCCACCGCCGCCUGAUGACCCACCUGAACUCUCAUAUCCCCCACCACCAACUUAUUUUGAAACAGUACAACCAGUCUCUUAUACAGAACAGUACAAUCUGUCCUAUCCAGCUUCUAACUUUGAGUAUUAUGGUCAAUCGACUACAGAAUUCCCAGCCAAUAAUGUAUAUGGACACACUGAAGGAUUUCAGGUAGCUGUGUCCCAUCCACCACUUUAUUAUGAAGCAUUGCCUAGUACAUACCCUGUUGCUGCUCCAGUUGUAGUUAACCCUGUUGAGCCUGUUGUGUAUUGUGACGUUCAAGACGGAGCAGUACUCCCUGGACCAGCAGUAAGUGGUGCACAAUCUUUAGUGUCACACGGAAUAUCCAGUCAUGAAGUCCUUGGUUCUGAUCAAAUCAGUUCUGUGGAGUCACACGCAGAAGCGCACUCUACUUCAUUAUUGAACGCUGAGGUUGGUUUGUCUGUCAGUACUGACAUAGCAUCACUAGAGGUUCCUUUUAUGCCGGCUACCAUCCAAGCUCCAGUGACCGUUUCAGCAGUAGAGAGUGCUCCUGGGUUGUCAACCACUGCAGUCACGGCUGCGACUGCUGUUGCUAAAUCAACAGCCACUAAUGUUCAAUCUAAAGUUCCGCACAGCAAAAAACGGACAGUUGCUGUGGUAUCCACAUUAAGGUCAAAUAAGAAAGUUUCCAGCUUGGUGGACAAGUGGAAGGCAGCCAAAGAGAAGUUGCAAGAAGAUGAGGAAGAUGAACCUGAAAAUGCUUAUGAGAUUUUAGAGAAGAAGCGACAACGGGAAAUAGAGGAAUGGCGUGCACAGCAAAUUGCUAGUGGAGAGGCCAGAGCUAAUGCUAACUUUCAGCCUCUGGGUGGUGAUUGGCGGGAGCGGGUGAAGCGCAAGAGAGCUCAAUUAAACAAAGUAGCUGUACAGACUCCAUCUGAGGCUGUUACUAAUGGAAACCAGCAGCCUGAUCUGAAAGAAUUUUCAAGAGAUCUCCCAUCUGGAUGGCAGGCUUACUGGGAUGAAUCCUCAAAGCAGGUCUAUUAUGGAAAUUCUAUCACAUCCGAAACAACCUGGACAAAACCAACAAAAUGAAUCAUUAAUAGAUUUUGGCAGGGAACAACAAAUCACUUAGCUUUUGCAUUUUGGGAAUGUAAAUUUAACCCCCUCCCCUCCCUUUGAAUUCUCUUUUUGUUUUGUUUUGUUUUGUUUUUUUUUAACAUCCUGAUUUUGCUUCACAUCUUCUGUUUUGUUGUAUUGUCGAAUAUAAUUGAGAUGCUCUCACAAGUCCCAUUCAUUACAUGUACAUUUUAUUAGUUGUUCAUGAGCGGGAAGAAUCAAUGGCACAGCAGAUGGUGUCUGGUCACUUGUGACAUUGGUUUCAUACGACUCAAUUUAGGUUUAUGUGUUCGAGUGAUAACGGCCUAGUUUGGAGUGGUCAAUUUAAUUUUUUGGCAGCCUUGUUUUUGGGGCUCAAGUCCACUAGUUGUAUUGAUAAAAAUAAAAGAUUCGAUUGGGGCUAUUUUCUCAUGGUCA